UGUUAAGAGUAUCGGAACGAAAUGUCUUCGAAAAUACAAAAUACAGGAAAAUUAAUGUAUGUGUGGGAUCCUCCCGACGGAGGCUGGGGAUAUAUGAUUGCCUUAGGCUUAGUUCUUCUGUUUACAUUUACAAUGAAUACAUUUUUUGGAUUUGGAUUAAUUUAUGGAGAUUUUUUAAAGGAACGUGGGGAUGAAAUUACAGCCACAACUUUUAUUCAUGGUGUCUUUGGAACUAUGUUUUCAUUCAUGGGAUUACUUACCAAUAAACUUUUGCAACAAUAUUCGCUACGCUUUGUUGGAAUUAUUGGUUCGAUUAUCUAUUUUACUGGUGCACUUUUAUGUGUCUUUGUCCAAAAUGUAACUCAACUUGUUUUUACUUUUGGAUUUUUGCAAGGUAUUGGUUAUGGACUUAUGCUACCUGUAGUUUUUACGGCUUUCAAUCAAUAUUUUGUUAGGCGCCGAACUGUAAUGAAUAGCAUAAGUCAAGGUUUAAUGACUGCAGCAAGUUUAAUAUUACCGGUCAUUACCCAAUUUUUUAUGGAUAAUUAUGGGCAACGUGGUACUGCGCUUAUAUUUGCGGCACUGAGUUUGCACGCUUUGUUUUCAGUUAUUUUAUUUCAGCCAGUUGAAUGGCACAUGGUUAAACGAAUUCAGGAAGUUGAAAUAGGAGGAAGUAUUGACAAAGAAUCUAUAACUGCAAAAAAAUCUGAAAAUGAAAAAACGGAAAAAUUAUCUUUUGGGCGAACGAUAUAUAAUACUUUGGACCUAUCACUACUUGAAGAUUUUCAAUUUUUUAACUUGGUUAAUGGGUGUGCUAUAGCUUUUGUAGCAGAAAUUUGUAUUAUAAAUGUACAACCUUCUGUUCUGGUAAAUCGUGGAUUUUCCUCUCAAAGUGCUGCUUUUAUAGUUACACUUUCUUUAGUUGGCGAUUUGGCGGCACGAAUAGUACAAGUAAUUUUUAAUAUAUUUGUGAUAAUAAAAAGUCGUUAUCUGGUACUUUUUGGGUUGUUGAUGACAGGCAUAAGCCGACUGGUUUUUGGAUUGGCUACUGAUCUAACGUUAUUAGCUGGUGCUGCAAUUGCUGGAGGAUUUUUUCGUAGUUGGAUACACAUGCCUUUACCUGUUGCUAUUGCUGAAAAUUGUACUUUAAAACGAUUUCCUGCUGCAUAUGGUCUUUAUAUGAUUGGUACUGGGAUAUUUAAUAUUUUAAUACCAUUUUUUUUGGCUCUAUUGCCACAAAAUAAUACGAUAACGGUAGUCGUUUUGUCAUUGUUGGUGUUAUUUGCAGCAAUGUCUUGGAUUCUGGAAAUAAUUUGGUUAAAUUGUUGUCGAAGUAAAAGUUAUAAAACAUCAGAAACAUUUACAAUGAACACAUUUUUUGGAUUUGGAUUGAUCUAUGGGGAAUUUUUAAAGGAACGUGGAGAUGAGGUCACAGCUACAACAUUUAUUCAUGGAGUUUUUGGUACCACGUUUUCAUUCAUGGGAUUAUUUACGAAUAAACUCUUGACUCAACAUUCAUUACGUUUUAUUGGAAUUAUUGGUGCGAUGAUUUACUUUUCUGGUGCGUUUUUAAGUGUUUUUGUGCAAAAUGUAGCGCAAUUAGUUUUUACGUUUGGAUUUUUACAAGGGGUUGGUUAUGGGCUAAUGACACCAGUUGUGGUUACUGGAUUCAACCAAUAUUUUGUUAAACGUAGAACUGUAAUGAAUAGCAUAACUCAAGGUUCAAUGACUGGAGUAACUCUAAUAUUACCAGUUAUAACUCAAAUUUUAAUGGAUAAUUAUGGACAACGUGGAACUGCAGCAAUUUUUGCUGCAUUGAGUUUAAAUGCCCUCUUUGGAAUGGUUUUAUAUCAGCCAGUUGAAUGGCAUAUGGUUAAACAAAUUCAAGACAACGAAAUCGAAAUCGAAAAGUUUACCACAGAGACGUCAAAAGAAUUUGAAGUUGCUGAAGAAGUUAAAAAAGUUUCUUUUGGGCGAACGAUAUAUAAUAUGCUCGACUUAUCGUUACUAAAAGACCUUCGAUUUCUUAACUUAGUUAAUGGGUGUGCUAUAGCUUUUGUAGCAGAAGUUUGUAUUGGAAAUGUACAACCUGCUGUGUUAUUAAAUCGUGGAUUUUCCGCUCAAACUACUGCUUUUAUUGUCACUCUAUACUUAAGUGGUGAUUUUUCGGCAAGAGUUCUGCAAAUGUUUUUUAGUGCAUUUAUUUCGAUGAAGAGUCGCUAUCUGGUUCUUUUUGGAUUGUUAAUGACAGGGAUAAGUAGAUUAGUUUUUGGAUUGACCACUAAUCUAACGAUAACUGCUGCGGCUGCAAUUGCUGGAGGUGUUUUUCGCAGUUGGAUACAUGUUCCUUUACCUGUUGCUAUUGCUGAAAGUUGUACUUUAACAAGAUUUCCUGCUGCGUAUGGUCUUUAUAUGAUUGGUACUGGGAUAUUUAAUGUUUUGUUACCAUUUUUUCUGGCUCUGUUUCCACAAGAUGAUUCGAUAACUGUGGUGGUUUUGUCAUUAUUACUAUUAUUUGCAGCAAUAUCUUGGAUUUUGGAAAUUAUUUGGUUUAAUUGUUGUAGAAGUAAAAAUUAA